CCCCUAAAACCACACAGUCAAAACUCAAAUUCAGAAAAAACGCUAAUUCACAAGUCUCAAGAAUGUCAGGCCGAGGAAAGGGAGGCAAAGGGCUAGGCAAGGGAGGAGCCAAACGACACCGUAAGGUGCUUCGAGAUAACAUCCAAGGGAUCACGAAGCCGGCUAUCCGACGUUUGGCGAGGAGAGGCGGAGUUAAGAGGAUCAGCGGCUUGAUUUAUGAGGAGACUCGAGGUGUUUUGAAGAUCUUUUUGGAGAACGUGAUCCGCGACGCCGUUACUUACACGGAACAUGCUCGGAGAAAGACCGUCACGGCCAUGGAUGUUGUUUACGCCCUUAAGAGACAGGGGAGGACUCUUUACGGUUUCGGCGGUUGAAGUUUUUAGGUUUUUUUUUUUUAUGGUUUUUAUCUGAUGUUUCUUUGAUUUGGAAGGAAUGUGAAUACUGAUGGAAAAAUGUUAUGAGCUUAUGAAUGAAAUUUUAAGCAUUUAAUCAA